CAUUUCAUAAUUAAAUAGUGAGAAUAUGAAUUUUAAUUAAUUUGGUACACCCCAUUCAAACAUAAACACCUUCUCUUUUCCCCUUCGUUUACUCCGUUUCUUAUUUCCUUUUUCGGUUUUAAUCCCAUUUUCGCUCGAGAUCUCUCCUUCGCGGCAUGUGAGGGAGUAGAGACGGAGGAUAAUCGAAGAGAAAAAUAGCAAGAGGUGAUGGCGAGUAGAGUGGAUCAUGAGUACGAUUACUUGUUCAAGAUCGUGUUGAUCGGCGACUCUGGAGUGGGGAAAUCCAACAUUCUUUCCCGUUUCACCAGAAAUGAGUUUUGUUUGGAGUCGAAAUCGACCAUCGGAGUUGAAUUUGCCACCAGAACUCUUCAGAUAGAAGGGAAAACGGUGAAGGCCCAAAUCUGGGACACCGCAGGCCAGGAAAGGUAUCGGGCGAUUACAAGUGCUUACUACAGAGGAGCCGUUGGCGCGCUCCUUGUCUACGACAUAACCAAGAGGCAAACCUUUGACAACGUCCAAAGAUGGCUUCGUGAGUUGAGAGAUCAUGCAGAUUCUAACAUUGUCAUCAUGAUGACAGGGAACAAAUCUGAUCUCAAUCAUCUCAGAGCUGUUGCAGAGGAGGAUGGCCAAACUUUGGCCGAGAAGGAAGGGCUCUCGUUCCUCGAGACCUCAGCGCUUGAGGCGCAUAACAUUGAGAAGGCGUUCCAGACUAUUUUGUCGGAAAUAUACCACAUUAUUAGCAAAAAGGCACUGGCGGCACAGGAAGCUGCUGCUUCGACAGUGGUUCCUGGUCAGGGCACUACCAUUAAUGUCGGUGAUUCGUCAGGAAACGUGAAGAGAGGAGGCUGCUGUUCUUCUUGAAAUUUUCGGGAACUAUGUCGAUAUAAAACUUUUGUUCUGUUUCUCUUUAAAAAUUUGUUUCUUUUUCCAGAGGUCUUGUAGAAUAUACUGAAAUGUGACGGUGAAAAGUCGGUAUUCUUGCCUGAAAAUGUCUCAGUUUUUUGGCCUAUAUUUGUUAUGUCGGAAUGAUGAGCUACUGCUAAUUUUUGUUGCCUUGAAAUGACUUCAUAUUACAUCCUA